AUGUUUGGCAUUCGCUCAUUCGUCCGCCAGACGCCUAGGUGGACGCAGCUCCGCGCUGUGUCGACGCUCGAGGGCCAUUCUCAUAUCUACGUAUUCCCCAAAAACGGCACCAACAUCCUCUCCCUUCUCCCCUCCGAACCCACCAACCCGGACCUCGCCCUCGGCGUAACCUCCAAGCUGCCCCCCACACCCGAUUCCUUCAAAGAGAACCCGAAAUUCCUCAGCAUCCUGCAAGAAGUGAUCGCGGAGCAUGGAUACAAAGACCCAGAAGCUGUUUCCCAGGCCCAGGUGAUGGUCUCAACGGCAGGCGCGAACCUAAUGUCUGGGGGAGUGCUGAUGGGUGGCGCACGUUCGAGGAGACGGCGCGGCGAAGUCGGUGACUCCAGUGGCGGAGCUAGCGGUCAAGGGGGUGCUGGUUCGGCGGGGAGGGGAGGCUGGAUUCAUUUGUCGGAUGGUAGACGGCCGCCGGAGUAUGGGAGGAUUGCUUGGCCUGAGGAUAUCUUUGGGAGUCUGGAGGUGGAUGCUGAUGGGAAGUUUGUGGGAGGGAAUGGUAAUUAUCAGGCGAGUGGUAUGUUGUGUGAUUGA